AUGAUAAGAAGACAAUCGAUAAGAAAAUCCUGAAACACCAGAAAAAUAAAAAUUAGAUCAGAUUCAAAUUUUAUCAGAAAAAUAAAAUUGAUAUCAGAAUCAAACAUUAUCAGGAAAAUAAAAUUUAGAUCAGAUUCAAAUUUCAUCAGAUAUAGAAAAUUCAUAUCAGACUCAGAAAUCGAAAAAAUCGCGGAUUGCGUGGGUUCAGAAAAUUUUACUAAAAUUUUAUCCAAAGAUUUUAGGAAAAGAAGAAAGUUAAAAAAUUUUUAA